GGGCAUCUCGGCUGUGUCUGGAGGUCUCCGAGAGUGGUGUGCGCACUUCCGGACCUCAGGCUGGGCUCGCGGUGGUCAGCACCUUGGACCUGGCUGGUCCUGAGGUCCCCGCCGCAUCUGGGACUGGCUAUUCCCUCCGCCUGAGCGCCAAGCCUCGUUGGAGCCCACGGUCCGCAGGGGGCUUGGUGCGGUGGACCCAGUGACAGCCGUGGCCCUGGUCCCUGAACUCCGCUGGUGCGGCCCGGCCUCCCGUGGCUGAGGAGGGACUGUUGAGGAAGGAAGCCCCUCCUGUCCGACCUACCCACACUCCUUCGGACCCCACGUUGCAGCCAACGGUGUUCGUAGCGUCUUGGCAAAGACUAAGCAUCAGGCUGGGACCGGGUGGCUCAGUCUGCACAUUCCAGCUCCUUUCUACCCCCAGACCGCCUGGAAGCAGGAGCUGAGCCUCCGCCCCACGACGAAAGAAAAUGCGCGUGAGAGCGGUGUUCAGAGCCGCGCAGCUCUCUAGAGGCCGAGCCAGCUCUAGCGCCCAGGGCUCCCGUCCGCCAGGCGGCGGCUUCCUCCCGUGCGCCCGCCUCGGGUCAUCGCUAAAACCCGCCCCUUCCCACCUUCCACCCCUUCAGACCCUCCCACGGAUUUCCUCUCCUCCAGGGGAAGGACUCUGAUAGGCGGUCAUGGAGAGAACACCCAGAACAUACGUAAGAUCAACCUCGUGUGUGUUCAGGAGAGAGAUAGGUGUGGGGUCCAGUUGACGCUUCCAGCCACAGUAAAUUUGCUCCUGAACCUUCGUGUUCCUGUUCCCUGGCAAAAUGAGGAAAGGAGGAGAGGGCUCAGGAGAAGCCAUCAGAUCUUGCCCCAUACUUGGUAAGUGGCAGAGCCAGACCGAGACUGCUUCCCGGGCAGAAGUCAGCACAGAUGAGCCAGGGCGGCUGUGAUGAGGAGUGACAGCGGACAGACCGCCGGUGCGGGAGGAGGCGCGUACGGAGCCCCACAGGUCCGGGGAGGGGCCGGAGGGCCAUGGCUCCUCGCCCCCCGCCCGCCCUAGCUGAACUCCAUUUAAUGGACUCUGCCUUCAGGAACCCAUUUUUAUAUUUUCCUGGGAGUGGUCCUCCAUGCUUGCCAGGGGCAGGCCUGGUGACGAGCUUCAGGUUAGAAGCUUAGUAGACAACAAAUGUUUUAAAAGUAACGUUUAUAUACGAAGUGCCUGUUAGUCAUAGAAAAAGUUAGGAAAUUCAUCUAAGGACAAAGAAAGUAUUUUAUAAAGUGGUCGUGACCCAACUGCCCAGAGCUAACCACUAGUGUUUUUGUCUUACAUCACUUCAGAGAUUGUUCUGCGUGAACAUGUCUGUGUGUGCAUGCAUCUGUGUGUGUGGGAUCCAAUAGUUUCCGGCCACCUUUUUUUUUUUCAGUGAUGAGUACGCUGUUGCUAAAAUAGUUUUCCAUGAUUUUAUUUUCAUAAGUUACAUAGCGGGUUCAUUUCCCUUUGGAGGUAGUGUGUUUACUCAUCCUUCUUCAUUGGUUGUUAUUUUCUCUUUUAUUUCGGACUUUUAACAAAAUGUAAUACGUAUCUUGGCACCUAACUCUUCGCCUAAACUCGUGACUGUUUCUUCAGAAUAAAUUCCUAUGAAUUUCUGGGGAGCGAGGGGAGGGGUUAGUAAAUGGCUCACUGAUGACUGAAACACAGAUACAUAUGUGGAUUAAGUAGAAAAGUCGAGAGUGGACCCCCACAAGGUGGCGUCCCUCAUCACACGCCAAGGCGAGGGCAUUGUGUGGUGGCGGGGUCCUUGGGGGGAAGCCUGUCCUCCCCCUGUUCCUGCAGUGAGCUUGGCCUCUCACGUGCUCUCCUGUCCCCACCCCGUCUCUGCUUCCACAGGUGUCUGCUUUUCGCGGCCCAUCAGGGAAGGACCAUGUACCCGCGGUCGUUGUCAUUCAGAGAUGUGGCCGUGGGCUUCACCCGGAAGGAAUGGCAGCAGCUGGACCCCACACAGAGGACGCUGUACCGGGAUGUGAUGCUGGAGAACUAUAGCCACCUGGUCUCAGUGGGGUAUCAGGUCACCAAACCAGCUGUGAUCUCCAGGUUGGAGCAGGGGCAAGAACCAUGGAUGGAGGAGGAAGAAAUCCUCAGAUGGAGCUUUCCAGGAGAAAAUUUGCAAGUUGACCACCCAGUAGGAAGACCACAGGAACACCAAGACCGGCUUCCGAGGCACAUUGUGUUCCUAGACAAGCAAGAACCGACAAAGAAAGGGCACCACGAGCGUAACCCAAUUGAAAAGACAGUCUGUCAGGACACAAACCUUGCUCCUUCAAAACAGCAGGUCCAUACAUGUGACUCGUGUGGAAGGAAGCUACCAUGCAAUGUAGACGUCAGCCCCAACGCCUACCUUGCAAGAAGGCGAUUUGAGUGUGACGGACAGGGGAACCUGUUUCUCUACUCCAAGCUCGAAACACCCCCUUCUGAAGGGCGGCCACGUGAGUGUGACCAGUGUCGGAAAGCCCUCCGCGGGGACCAGGCCCGGAGUGCCCGCUGGGGAGCUGGUGGCGCCGAGAGAGCCCACAGGUGCCCGCGUUGUGGGAAAGGCUUCUCCUAUGAAUCAGAACUCAGGACACACCUGGAUGUGCACGGGGGUGAGCAGCCCCCUGCGCGUGGGGCCCAGGGGCUAGGCUGCAGGGUUAGCCGGGGAGGUCACCCCAGAGAGAAACCCGGGGGCAAUGGCAGCGGCGGGACGGUGCCAUCACAGAAGACGAGCCUGUCAUUGCCCGCCGCAGCUCUUGCAGGAGGGAAGCCGUACAAGUGCUCUGAGUGCGAGAAGACCUUCUCCCACAAGUCCCGCCUCAUCGAGCAUCACCGGUCCCACACGGGGGAGAAGCCCUACGGCUGCAAAGAGUGCGGGAAGUCGUUCUCGCGCAAGUCGUGCCUCAUCAUCCACUUCCGGACCCACACCGGGGAGAAGCCCUACGGCUGCGGCGAGUGUGGGAAAGCCUUCUUCCAGAAGUCCCACCUCAUCCUGCACCAGAGGACUCACACGGGCGAGAGGCCCUACAAGUGCAGCGAGUGUGGGAAAGCCUUCUCGCAGAACUCCUGCCUCAUCAUACACAAGCGAACUCACAUGGGCAAGAAGCCCUACGAGUGCUCCGAGUGUGGGAAGACCUUCUCCCAGAAGGCCAACCUCAUCCGCCACCACAGAAUCCACACCCGCGAGAAGCUGUACGGGUGAGCGGAGAGCCGGGACUUCAGCUCCCGAGUCCCGGCGUGUUGGUGGCGGUCGCACCUCUGGAGGUUGUGAGUGUGGAAAACCCUUCUGCAGGAAGUCCAGUGCUGUGGGUGUGCGGAGAUGCAAACCCAGGGGAGACUGGACCAGUCAGGAGAAUCAGGAAGGGCUCUUCUCUUAAAACCAGUGAACGAUGCUCUAGAGCGAUCUAUUUUUACAGGGUAUACCUCAUUAUAAAGUCUAUCUGCAUUAACUGUGGCUAUAGGGCUUUGAAAUCUGUGACUAAAUUAAAUCAUUACGACAAUAGGUCUAAUAAACAUCAGAGCAAUC